UGAACUCAAAACUUUAAGCCUCUUAAGCCUCUUAAGCCCUGGGACGUGCUCCGCCUCGGCCUUGGCCUCAGCCUUAUUUCGGGGCCAACGGCUUCCGAGAUCGGGCUUGCAGAUCGGGUCAGCGCCCUGGCAAAAUAAAAAUUGCCGAGACAGCAAGUGACUCUGACGUCCAUUGCAAGCAGCUUUCCACCUCACUACUUCAACUGCACCUAAACUAUGUCUACAUUCGGCCACAAUUUCAGGGUAACCACUUAUGGCGAAUCCCACUGUUUGUCAGUGGGAUGUAUUGUGGACGGCUGCCCCCCAGGCAUGGCCCUCAGCGAGGCGGACAUCCAGCCACAAAUGACGCGACGUCGCCCUGGGCAAUCUGCCAUCACCACGCCGCGCAAUGAGAAGGACCGGGUAGAAAUUCAAUCCGGUACAGAGUUCGGCAUCACACUGGGCACCCCGAUCGGUCUGAGGGUCAUGAACGAGAACCAGAGGAAGCAGGACUAUGGGAACAACACAAUGGAUCUAUACCCGCGUCCGAGUCACGCGGACUGGACGUACCUGGAGAAAUACGGAGUCAAGGCGAGUUCUGGCGGCGGAAGGAGUAGCGCGCGAGAGACAAUUGGGCGUGUGGCAGCGGGCGCCAUUGCCGAAAAGUACCUCCGCGAGGCGUACGGCGUCGAAAUUGUGGCCUUUGUGGCCUCGAUUGGGAACGAAUUCCUUUUUCCACCAACCCUGGCUCACCGCACUGCAUCUACGAACCCGGAGUUUCUCAAGCUGAUCGAGACAAUCGAUCGAAAGACGGUCGACUCGUUCCUCCCGGUGCGGUGUCCAAACGAGGAGAGCAGUCAGCGCAUGGAGAAGCUCGUGGCAGAGUUUCGAGACCGCCAAGAUAGCAUAGGUGGAACCGUGACCUGCGUGAUUCGGAACUGCCCGAGCGGGCUGGGCGAGCCUUGCUUUGACAAGCUCGAGGCGACGCUUGCGCAUGCAAUGCUCAGCAUUCCUGCCACAAAGGCCUUCGAGAUAGGGUCAGGAUUCGGCGGCUGCCAGGUACCUGGCUCAAUACACAACGACCCGUUCAUCAAAGCGCCUUCAGUGCCCGCCUUGCACACAGGCACAUCCCCGUCAGUCCCGCGGCCGCGUCUGACCACCAAGACCAACAACAGCGGGGGCAUCCAGGGCGGCAUCUCUAAUGGCGCUCCCAUCUACUUCACCGUGGGAUUCAAGCCACCAGCCACGAUUGGGCAGGCGCAGAACACCACAACGUACGACGAGAAUGAAGGCGUGCUCGAGGCGAAAGGCAGACACGAUCCCUGCGUCGUACCCCGGGCCGUGCCCAUCGUUGAGUCCAUGGCAGCGCUAGUAGUGAUAGACGCAGUACUCGCGCAGCAGGCGCGACAGAUGGCUCGGAGCCUCCUGCCGGCACUGAAGUCACAGCAAUAAUAUAUUGUUUACUGGGGUACAACAUGCUGCAACUUUGUCGCCAAAGGUGGAACACGAUAGAGGGGUGAUUUAGGAGGACAGAAAUUUAUAUCCUGUUAAUGUUAUCCCUGAUUCCAG